AUGCACUCACCUCCUAGAGAACAGCCUGCCAUCAUGCUCUGGAAACUGGUUGAAAAUGUCAAGUAUGAAGAUAUCUAUGAGGACCGGCAUGAUGGAGUGCCCAGCCACAGUUCCAGGCUGUCCCAGCUGGGAUCCGUCUCCCAGGGACCCUACUCCAGCGCUCCUCCGCUCUCUCACACCCCAUCCUCGGAUUUCCAGCCGCCUUAUUUCCCACCCCCCUACCAGCCUCUUCCUUACCACCAAAGCCAGGACCCUUACUCCCAUGUCAAUGACCCCUACUCCCUAAACCCCUUGCAUCAACCCCAGCAGCAUCCCUGGGGACAGAGGCAGAGGCAAGAGGUGGGAUCAGAAACCGGGUCACUGCUGCCACAGCCUCGGGCCGCCCUGCCCCAGCUCUCGGGACUGGACCCCAGGCGGGACUACCACUCAGUAAGGAGGCCAGAUGUCCUUCUGCACUCAGCUCACCAUGGCCUUGACUCCGGCAUGGGGGACAGCCUUUCUCUGCAUGGCAUCGGACACCCAGGGAUGGAAGAGGUCCAGUCAGUUGAAGAUGCCAAUAACAGCGGUAUGAACUUAUUGGACCAGUCUGUCAUUAAAAAAGUUCCGGUUCCUCCAAAAUCUGUUACUUCUUUGAUGAUGAAUAAAGAUGGCUUCCUGGGUGGAAUUUCAGUCAAUACCGGAGAGGUGUUUUGCUCUGUACCUGGCCGCUUGUCUUUGCUUAGUUCAACUUCAAAGUAUAAAGUAACUGUGGGAGAAGUUCAAAGACGUCUUUCUCCUCCAGAGUGUCUGAAUGCAUCCCUCCUAGGAGGAGUACUUAGAAGAGCCAAAUCGAAAAACGGGGGGAGAUCUUUGCGAGAAAGGCUAGAAAAAAUCGGUUUGAAUUUACCAGCCGGCAGGCGUAAGGCCGCAAAUGUCACUUUACUCACCUCCCUGGUGGAAGGUGAGGCCGUUCAUUUAGCUCGGGAUUUUGGGUACAUUUGCGAAACGGAGUUCCCAGCCAAAGCUGUUUCUGAGUACCUGAACAGACAGCACACGGACCCCAGCGACCUCCACUCCAGGAAAAACAUGCUGCUUGCUACAAAGCAACUUUGUAAAGAAUUUACAGAUCUCUUGGCCCAGGACAGGACGCCCAUUGGAAACAGCCGGCCCACCCCUAUUUUGGAACCGGGCAUUCAGAGCUGCUUGACUCACUUCAGCCUCAUCACUCACGGCUUUGGGGCCCCCGCUAUCUGCGCUGCCCUCACGGCCCUUCAAAACUACCUGACUGAAGCUCUCAAAGGCAUGGACAAGAUGUUCUUGAACAACAACACUGCUAACAGGCACACAUCUGGCGAAGGACCAGGUAGUAAAACUGGAGACAAGGAAGAGAAACACAGAAAAUGAGAG